GGCGGAGUUCAGGGACUGCGGUGAUAAACAAAUCCACGCAGUCGAGUCAGUGGUCGUGUCCAGUAUCCCGUGGCGGAGCAGCCGUGGAGCAAAACCGUGACAGCGCCGGCUGACGUUCAGGGGAAGCUGGCCGAGCUUUUUUAAGAGCGUAACCCGGGUCAGAAAUAAAUCCCAGGAGUUAAUUUGAAGGAGCCACGAUCUCCUCCCUCUUCUUUAUGUGACACGUUCACGUCCCGGCGGCGAAACGAGCGAAACAUGACGGAGCUGAGGAAGCGAGGCGGAGGCGGAGGAGACCCGGACAGCACCGAGAACAUCAGCGACAAGGAGGCCGACGGUGACGACAGGCUGGGCCUGUCGGGCGAAGCGGAGGGAGAUUGUGACGGUGACUCCAAAGCAGACACUCCAGAUGUUCCUCUCUCCAGCGCAGACACAGACAACACUCCACAAUGCCUGAACAAAGCUCUAGAGGGGCUUCCACCCAGAUGGAAGAACUACUGGAUAAGAGGUGUUUUAUCUUUAGCCAUGAUUUCAGGCUUCUUCCUCAUCAUCUACAUGGGACCUGUCGCUCUCAUAUUGAUCGUCAUGACUGUGCAAAUCAAGUGUUUCCAAGAAAUCAUCACCAUCGGCUACAGAGUUUACCAUUCCUACGACCUGCCGUGGUUCAGGACACUGAGCUGGUACUUUCUGAUUUGUGUCAAUUACUUCUUCUAUGGUGAAACGGUUGCCGAUUACUUCGGGGCACUUGUGCGGAGAGAGGAACCUCUGCAGUUCCUGGCUCGCUAUCACCGCUUCAUCUCUUUCGCUUUGUACCUCGCGGGUUUCUGCAUGUUUGUGCUGAGUUUAGUGAAGAAACAUUACCGCCUGCAGUUUUAUAUGUUUGCUUGGACCCAUGUGACCCUGUUGAUUGUGGUAACCCAGUCCCACCUUGUCAUUCAGAACCUGUUUGAAGGAAUGAUCUGGUUCAUUGUUCCCAUCUCCAUUGUGAUCUGCAACGACAUCAUGGCCUAUCUGUUUGGCUUCUUCUUCGGGCGAACUCCACUUAUAAAGCUCUCGCCCAAGAAGACGUGGGAGGGCUUCAUCGGAGGCUUCUUCGCCACCGUGGUCUUUGGCUUCAUUCUGGCCUACCUCCUGUCUCAGUUCCAGUACUUUGUGUGUCCCGUGGGGUUCAGUGACACAAACAGCUUCACGGUUGAAUGUGAGCCCUCUGAUAUGUUUGUGAUGCAGGAGUACACUCUUCCUGCUGUGGUGCAAAACACACUUGGAUGGAAAACGGUGAACCUGUACCCCUUCCAGAUCCACAGCAUCUUCCUCUCCUCCUUCGGUUCGCUCAUCGGACCGUUUGGUGGCUUCUUCGCCAGUGGCUUCAAGCGCGCCUUCAAAAUAAAAGACUUUGCCAACACCAUCCCCGGCCACGGAGGCAUCAUGGACCGAUUCGACUGCCAGUACCUGAUGGCCACCUUCACACACGUCUACAUCGGCAGCUUCGUCCGGGGACCGAACCCCAGCAAAGUGCUGCAGCAGCUGUUGAUGCUUCAACCUGAACAGCAGCUCAGCAUUUUCCACAUCCUGGACUCCCACCUGAGACAGAGGGGCAUGCUCCCCCCCGCCGCCGCCGCCGACGCCGAGUGAGAGGACGCCGGACUCAGCGGAUGGCGACUGGACAGGUGGGAGAAGUUUGUGUAAGCAUGUGCACACAUGCGCCGUGGCUGUAAUGACGUGAGAUCACAGAGCGUCGCCCAUCGUCAUCCCAUCGAUCGCCUCUUCAUCCGACUCCCAACUAGCUCGACGUCGCUACUUUAAGCUCGAGGGGACUCUUUCGGACUAAAGGAAUAACCUCUAGAAAAAAAAAAGAAGAAAAAAAAAAAUGGGUGGCUUUGUUGCUUUUCCCUCGGACCUCCAUCAGCUACUAUAGUCUUCACGAGAGGACGCCACGUCCCCCCCGUCCUAGGACCUGAAGAUAAAACGCCUUUACUGAAGAGUGUGAAAAGUUGACUCGAAAGCACACGACUCUCUCAACGCAGGUGGACGGUGGAUUUGUACUUCUAACGCUGUGGACAACAAAUAUUGCACUGACUUUAGCUGAAGAAAAAAAAAAACAGAUGGAAGAAGUUUCUACCAGCAUAAACUGGGGCCGACGUGUCGGACAUGUGGACCUGAGCUACAGACCUGAACUGGAUUCUCUGGGUUUUUUGGGGGGGAGGGGGGUGUUGCGCAGCAGGUUUGUCAAACAUACUGUAGACUAGGUUUUAUAUAGACUCUAUAGGCUGUAGUUAAUGAUCCUCAUCGCACAGCGUAACAAAAUGUGAAGCAUGCACACCAGUCCUGUCUUGGACUGAACUCAGUCCGUAACUUACCGGUCAUUUCCACAGUGUGAACCUUUUAGCUCUUAGCUUUUAGCUUUCUGACUACAUGGAAAUAACUUGCACAAUAUUAGUCGACGCUGAUAAUGCAUGUUAGCGCGGAACGGUAGAGCACUAUCUGAGCAGUCAACACUGGAACUAACGUGUUGUACGUAAAAUAUAUGGAAAAUAUGUAGCUGAAGAUAUACCUAAUAUAUAUAUAUGUAUAUAUAUAUAUAUGUAUAUGCAUAUAUAUAUACAUAUACUACCUACUUAUGUGACUUGCUGCAGAAAAAAGAAAAAAAAUCUUUUACAGUAUGCAAAGAAAAAAAAAAAUAUAUAUAUAUAUAAAAAUAAGAGAUUUAACUCGUUUGUAGCCUUUAGCAUGAACAAAUUAGAUUUUUAACUGGUAUCGAUGUAGGCAUGACGUGAGGUUUAUUUAAACGGUCCUCUGGGUGAACGUUUGACUACAGAUUGUAGGAGGAACUUUUGAAGGAACAGAGUAACGGCGCUCGCAUGGAUGCACCUUCAGCUCAGAGCUUAAGCGUAAAGGACGGGAGGUAGCUGCACUAGUAAAACUAAAACUAGAUUCUUGACACUACAAGGCUAACGUGCUGGAAGUUAAAUAACACUGAGGCUCUGACGUGUGAAUUCAGAGAUGCCGCAACCUGACUCCUGCCUCCACCGCAUGUUUAUGUUAAUGAAGUUAAAUCAGCAUUGUGCAGCUUUGUUAGCUCGCAGUGCUAACAGCCUCUAUGAGAGGCUCUGUACGGUUGCGGAUAACGUAUCCAGCUCUGUGCUGAAGGCCCAGAAAAUGAGAGUUGACUUUAAAGACGUUGCUUCCUUUAUCGAUUUAACCAAUGAUUUUAGUUGCACAGUCGGGGUGGGAUAAGUGGGGGUCGUGGGGAAUAGGGUGGGUGGUGGUGAUGGAUUCUUGGACUGUUGGAAAAAAACAAAACAAAACAAAAAACAAAAAAAACUUUAGAGUCUUCUUAAGCAUCAGAUCACUGUUAUGAUUAAGUUAUGAAUGUAGUUUGCAAUUUAAGGUGUUACCAAUGAUAACCUGAGAUUUGAUUACAUGUAGAGCCUAUAAAUAUAUAUAUUAUAUAUUGUAUUAUGUGAGUGUGUACAUACAGUAUAAGCACUACUGUAUUUACACGUUCUGGGAGGUGGUUUUCUUAGCAAUAUUGUAUCUUUUAUGCAAGUUUGAUUCCUCAGAGUCGGGACUGGAUCGUUUUAAAUGCUACACGUCGACUCGUUUGAAAACGAGAUGCUCUGAUGGGAUCUUUUCAGAGAGAAAUGUUUACCAAAGCACUGUCUGAUCAACACUGAAAAAAAUAUAAAAAAAAAAUAAAAGAAAAAGCUCUGGAGUACGGGUCCAAACUGUCCCUCCUGUCCCCCCCCCACCCCAACACAAAAAAAAAAAGGAAAGGAAAGGGGGAGUUUGGAACUGGGCGGCACACCAGAGAUCUAACAUCUGCAUCUGUGGCUCGUGCAAUGUCUCAUCAGCUGUGUUUCAAACUUAAUGUAAUUUAUUUGUCCUGUUUGCUCAUGUUCUCUCCGUGGAAGUGCGUGUGUCCCCCGUCCGUCUGAAGUGAAGUAAAGGGGAGGAGGGGGGAGGAUUUUGUUUUUGGGACCAGCUGUAUUGUAAGGUUUAAAAUCUAAAUCGAAAAACUAAACUCUACAACUGAUGAAACUCACACUACGGCUUUUUUUCCUUGUGCGACCGUCACUGUCCGACCCUACGUGCUGAACGAGCGCGGCACUAAAGUGAUCCGAACCAAGAGUAAGACACCAAACUCUAUGGUGGGGGGGGGAGAAAGAAAAAAAAAGAUUUAAACUUUUUUAAAAUGCAGUUUUAUAUAGAGUUUAGAGUGUGCCACUGGAAUAAGUCAAAGAAAAUUACAUUUUGAUGAUGCACCGUGUGAAGUAAUGCUUCUACAUGUCUUGGAUGAAUUAUUAAAAUAAAAUUUUAAAAUAUAAGUGCCUUUAUGUGAGACUUACAUUCAACAUGUUUAUAUUGUGGAGUUCAGACAGAAGAAGAAGUUCCCCUCAAAUUUAAAUCAUUUUCAAUUUGUUUUAUCGAUGAAGCGAAUCAUCAGAAUCAAACGAGUCGAUUCAUUUUAAAAGACGUGCACAUAUUUACUACCGGUCAUUAUAGGUAAAUUAUUAUAAUCCAGACGUAUAUUAUCCCAGUGGCACACUCGAGACUCAAGUUUUUACAGUUGUAGUUCAAAUUAGAUCUAAGUUAUUAUCUGAAUUAAUUUAUUCUUUUUUUUUUUUUUUUUUUUUUACCUGAGUUAUUAAAACAAAUGGAUGUAACGGUACAAAAAAAAAAAGGCAGUUUUUGUUGCCCAUGUGUCGGUGGAUAAUGAUGCAGGUUUUCAGUUGCUCUUUAAUUUAUCAUUUAUUUAGUUGUUUUCUAAUGAAAACCUUUAGCUUUUGUAGUGGAUAAGAUUUAAAAGAUCAUCCAGAGGAAGUAUGCUGGUAAUAAUAGGGGCAAAACAAAGUAAAGUAUAGACCCAUUGAUACGUUGAUGCGUUGUUAGGGAUAUUGUGAAGCUGUUUAUUGUACAGAGGUUGAAUAAAGGUUCUUUUGUUCUUUAAAA